AUGCUGAAGCAGAUCCUGUCGGACAUGUACGUGGAUCCAGAGCUCCUGGCAGAGCUCAGCGAGGAGCAGAAGCAGAUCUUGUUCUUCAAGAUGAGGCAGGAGCAGCUCAGAAGGUGGAAGGAGAGAGAAGCUGCUGCCGCACCAGAAAAAGCUUCAAGGAAGCUGGGAGAGAGGGAAGCCCAUGGGAAAUGUGUGCAGUGGAAACGUGGAGCAGAUGGCGACGUCUGGGUGUGGGUAAUGGGGGAGCACCCAAUGGAUAAGCCGUAUGACCUGCUCUGUGGUGAGCUCAUUGCUGAGAGAGAGAGGAGGCAGACACUGCAGGAAGCAGAAGCACUGAGGUGUCCAAGGGAAGCUUCCACAGAGCCUUCUGUGACAGCACCAGACACCAAAUCCCAGUUGGGAGCGGAGAGGGUGAGGGAAAACAGCAUGGGACAGGAGGUGCCCCAAGGGGUAACCCAAACCCCAAAUCAAGACAGCAUCCAGACUGCCAUUAGUAAAUCAAGAGGUGUCGAGCAGAUGCUGGCAGAUUCCAUCAGUCAGUCACGGAAGCAGAGGAAAGAUGCACAGAUGAGGACCACCAUGAAUCAGAGCCAGACGCAAGGAGAAGUGGCCAUAAAUCCUGUGGACGUGUCAGUGCAGAAUGCAGACAAAGAAGAUCCUAUCUGGCUGGAAUCUUUGAGGCGAUCCAAAGCAGCCGACGAACGGCGCCGUUCCCUUGCCAAACACGCGCGAGACGACUACAAGAGGCUCUCAUUGCAAGGCAAGCCCAAGGGGGAAGCCGUGGGCGUUUCCAGGCCCUGUGAGAAGGGGGAGCAGAGGCGGGCGCUCCCUCCUCCCCCGCCUCUGCCACCAAAGCCCAAGACCCUCCCUCCCACAGCCAGCCCCCAAUUCCUUUGCCAUGACAGAAAGCCGGACGUGCAGAGAAGCCCUUCAAGUUCCACUCAGGAGAGCAUCAUUCAGUGGUUCCAGGUAGACCAGCUGCCUCUCCGAGCAGGCUUUGAGAAGGCGACGGGCCGAGUCGCCCCGUGGUUCCACGGCAUUUUGACAACAAAGAAGGCGGAAGAGCUGCUAAGCAAUUCAGCGCCUGGGACUUUUUUGAUCCGGGUGAGUGAGAGGAUCAAAGGCUACGCCCUCUCCUACCGGUCAGCCGAGGGAUGCAAACACUUCCUGAUCGAUGCUUCGGGGGAGUCCUGCGGCUUCCUGGGCGUGGACCAGCUGCAACACUCCACGCUGGCCGACUUGGUGGAUUACCACAAGGAUGAGCCCAUCACGUCGUUGGGAAAGGAGUUUCUGCUUUACCCCUGUGGCCAGUAG